AUGCCAAUAUUUGCAUUUCACUUUUUAUCAUCGACGCAAAAUAUGGAGCGAGCUCGACGAGUUUGCGACAUUAUAGCUAACAGCGAUAAUAACGGCGCAGGAGUUAUCCACGACUUAGAGUGGCCCGAGGCGACGCAGGCGCGUCGUUGCACUAGAUCUGAUGCGACGCGAGAUAAAUACUUGCUAUCUAUUUCAAUUUUACCGGAGCGAGCUUUAUAUCAUACAAAUCUCGGCCUUAUUCUGUCCGCCAGCCGUCGGCCCACGAUAGACCACCCAAGUCGCAAUGCCACUCCUAAACACAUACAAAGCGGUUAUCUAUCUGUUUAUUAUUUAGGAAUACCCACGUGCAACAACCCAAAGAUAUGCGAUGUGGCAUAUUUUAUACCGAGAGACUAA